UAGCCAUUUUUUCCUCAGCUCAAGCUCAAGAGCAAUGGACUCAUAACAUUAGUAGUAGAAAAAAUAUUAAAAACUUGUGAAUAUUUAUUUUUUUCUUUUUCUUAAUAAAAUCUCAUAAUUUCAAUUUCCACGGCGGCACAACCUACUUCGGCCGCCGUAUAUGGCGAAAGGUCGGAAAUUAACAACCAGCCGGAGUGAACGUUUCUUAGGAACAUACGGUUACUCUCACAACCAAAGUUCCGCCGCCGCAGCCGAUCCAUCGGAGCUCCGGGAAGAGGAUAUCUGGUCCACAGAUGUUGGUUCCGGUGAAGUUGACUUGAAUUUCUCCGAUGAGUGGGAAUCACCAAACGCUGAAACCGUUGAGAUAAUCGGCGGUGGUUCUGGCUCAUCGUAUCGGAACCGGCAUCGGAUUACUCAAAACAGCGAUGAACACCGUCAAUUAGGUGGUUUAUCACUUGCGUUCGAAGAUCCAGUGAAUUCCUCCACGGUGGCGACGGCGAGGAUUGUGCAUCAGUUUCGUGCACACGACGGCGUUGCGUCUUCGCCUUCGGCACGUGGACGGCACAUGGCGACAUCGUUGCCGGUGAACGUGCCGGAUUGGAGUAAGAUACUCCGAGUUGACUCGGUUGAGUCGUUACACGACGAUAGUUUCGACGACGAUGAUGAAUCGGAGAUGGUUCCGCCGCAUGAAUAUUUGGCGCGUAGCCGUAAGAAUGCAGCGAAAUCGGUUUUCGAAGGUGUGGGUCGAACUUUGAAGGGUCGUGAUUUGAGCCGGGUUCGUGAUGCUGUUUGGAGUCAGACCGGGUUCGAUGGUUGAAACUUGAAUAUCCGGUUCAGGUGGUGGUUUUUGAUUGUUUAAAAUGGUUCUUGUUUAUGUAUUUGUAAUUUUAGUUAAUUAAUGUUAUUGUUAUUAUUGUGGUUAAUUAAUUAAUUGUUAAUCAGAUUCCACUUGGUGGUUGUUUGAUUAAUAUAAAUUUGUUUAAUUAUGAUUAGAAAUGGUGGUUUAUGGGCAAUGAUUCGGUUGGGUGGACUUGGGUGAUUAGAGUCCAACUCAGUGGCCAGUGAGCCUAAUUAAGCAGCAAGCAAGUGCUAAACUGCUAAUUAGCAUGUAAUAAUAAUUGAAAUGGAAUUGUAAUUUAUGAUCAAGGUCAUUGUCUCAUAUGCUUAAGGUCACUUCAAGUUUGAUUUUGGAUAAUGAUUUAAUUCAGGUGAUUUUGGAUAA